CUUAGAGUCAUAACAAGGAAACUAACCCUAAAGAUGAGCCUCGCCUAUCAAGUCUUAGCCAGCUCUCUUCUGAUUUUCAUCGUUUCUACCAAAGGAACUGUCUUGCUUUUUAUAGGUGCAGCCCAUGAACACAAGAUUGUCUGGGGUACCCUGGGUCUUGACUUUGAACUGAACAUUUCUAAUUUUCAAAUGAGUGACAGUAUAGAUGAUAUACUAUGGGACAACGGAAAAGCCAGGAUUGCACGACUCAAAGGGGGCAAGCUUAAAGAGACAUCUAGAAGAUAUAGUGUAUCAACAAACGGAGCUCUGAGAAUUAAACAGCUAAAGACAGAGGACCAUGAUACCUACAAGGUUACUAUAUAUGAUAAAAUUGGAAAGAAUGUCUUGACCGAAACAUUUCUAUUGAUAAUUCAAGAGGCGGUUUCAGAACCUGUGAUGUUCUGGAGUUGUAUCAAUAGGAGCCUGACCUGUGAGAUAAGAAGCGGCACUGACCCCAAAUUAAUGCUGCAUCUAGAUAAUAAACCAUUAGAUAAUGCUGUGGCCAAAACUAUUUCUCAAAAGAUUGCCACGAACAUCUGGAUGACCAAACAGAGUAUGUUAUUCAACUGCACGGCCAAGAACAAAGUCAGUGAGCAAAGCAGAACGAUGACCAUCAAUUGUUCAGAGAAGGUUCUGGACAUCUAUCUCAUCAUUGGCAUCUGUGGAGGAGGUCUCAUCUUCUUCAUCUUUGUGAUACUACUCAUUUUCUACAUCAACAAGAGGAGAAAACAGAAUGAUAGGAGACAUGAUGAAGAGCUGGAGGUAAGAACAUGCAGAGUAACCUCCAAGAAAAGACGCCAGAAACCCCGCCAGGUCCCAGGAGCAGCUCCUCAAAACCCAGCCGUGUGCCAGCCUCCUCCACCACCUAGUCAUCGGCCCCAGGCCCCUUGUCCUCGGCCCCCGCCUCCGAGCCACCGUGUCCACCACCACCCGCAGAAGAAGGCUCCUCCUGCAUCGGCCACACAAGUUCACCAGCAGAAAGGUCCUCCCCUCCCCAGGCCUCGAGUUCAACCAAAACCUCCCCACGGGACCACUGAAAACUCGUAAUUCUGUCACCUGGCAUGGUGUUCCCUUCCUUGAAUUCAAAGAGAUAGGAAUUGUUUUUUCCCAUGAAGGCACGGUGGUUUCCCCGCCGCGCAGGAUCCGCACCCGCGCUUGCAUCAAGUGCAUUCUGCCGGUUAGGAUUACCGCCCGCUGGGCUUAUGGGCCAUGGCUGUGCCCGCAUCUCCCAGCUCCUCCACGUGCACGGACACCUGGAGCCUCUGGCCUCCUCCCGGAUCCUCAUCACGCCAGGAAGGGCUAGCAAUUCAAGGGCUAGCAUCGGGAUGACGGGCCACCGAGCACAAAGUUCUAGACCUCUCCUUGCCUCCUCUUUGGCUCAUGCACAGACAGGAGAUGUCUCACCGCCCCUGUGGCUCGCUGCAAGUGGCCGACCUGCCCGAGAGAGACUGCUGGGUUUCUUCUGUGCCUAGUGAACACUUGCCCACCAUCUUAAGGGGAGAAGUGAAAUAAAAGUUUUG